CCCCCAAGAUGGCGAUGCUGGCGGAGCCCAGGAGAAAGCAGAAGUGGUCUGUGGAUCCACGGAACAGCGCUUGGAGCAACGAUGACUCCAAAUUUGGCCAGAAGAUGCUGGAAAAGAUGGGCUGGUCCAAAGGAAAGGGUCUCGGGGCUCAGGAGCAAGGAAAUCCAGAACACAUCAGGGUUAAGGUGAAAAAUGACGUGCUGGGAUUGGGAGCUACCAUCAAUCAUGAGGACAACUGGAUUGCUCAUCAGGAUGACUUCAACCAGCUUCUGGCUGAGCUGAAUAACUGCCAUGGACAGGGUGAAACAGAGUCCUCAGUGAAAAAGCAGAAAAAGACAUUCAGCCUCGAAGAAAAAUCCAAAUCUUCCAAGAAACGUGUCCAUUAUAUGAAGUUUGCCAAAGGUAAGGAUCUCUCAUCUCGCACUGAACAGGACCUGUCCUGCAUUUUUGGGAGAAGGCAGAAGAGUGCCAAGACCCAGGAGGAUAUUGCUGAUCCUGACUCCCAAGAAGAGGAGAGGACCAAGUGUCUCUCCAGCCCUGGAGAUGGUUCCAACACAGUGAAGAGUGCUCUCACUGUCCAGGAAUAUUUUGCCAAGCGCAUGGCAAAGCUGAAGGGAUCCCAGCAGGAAACAGAACCAAAGGUGGAUCAUUCCAGCCCAGCAGCUGAUGAAGCUGUGGAGCCUUCAGAAGAGCUGGAAACCAAAGUCAAAAAGAAAAAGAAGAAGCAGAAGAGAGAUGAUGAGGCAGAAAGGACAGAGGACUGUGAGAAACCAGGGAAAAAGCCUAAGACAGGGAGCUUGAAUGGAAAAGAACUGGAUGAUCCACUGAAUGAAUGUCACAAAAGGAAAAAAAAGAGGCAACAUAAAGAGGAGAAUGAAGGAGAAAACAUCAGUUGUGAUGAGAAUACAGGCAGUGGAGAAAUUUCUGUGGGAAUGUCUGAGGGGGAGGAACUCAGCACAGAGGAGCAGGAGGAAAAGCAGAAGAAACGCCACAAGAAGAAGCACAAAAAGCAAAAAGAGGAGACAGGGGAGUGUGGGGAAGGAGCAUCCAGAAAGAAAAAGAAGCACUGCAAGAACUUUUAACCCUUUCAGGCUCAGGGGUGGUGAGUCUGUGUUGUAGGAGGCUCUGUAUAAACACAGCACCAAUCCAGGUUUGGACACUGCUCCAGCUCCAGAUGGAUCUAAACAGUCUGGAUCUAAACUCAGACUGGAUCUAAACUCAGACUGGAUUUAAACUCAGACUGGAUUUAAACUCAGACUCUAUCUAAACCCACCUUUUCCAAGGGAAAACGUGGUGAUGGGCCAACAGGAGCUUCAGCCCAUGUUCAAAAGGGAUCCACAUGGAGGAUCAACACAUCAAGACUGUGAAAGGCAGGGAAUGACUUUCUGCUGCUUCACCUGACUGUGUUUUUCUCAAUCCAGGAAAAAAAAAAUUAAAACCACCCUUGUACUACCUUUUUAUUAAAAUUGUUUUCAUUUGUGAGAGCCCAGCUCUGCUUUUGGAAGCAGGAGGGGGUUUGCAAAGCUGUUUUGUGUUUUUUCAUUGAUUUUUGAAAAGUGGUGUCUUAAUUUUUACAUUCAUCUCUUUUUACAUAUAAAAUGAAUGUUGUUUCUUCCCAAAGUGCUUACUCUGAUUAAAAGUUUGCUCAAAAACGUGUCAGCACUUAAGGGUGAAAUAAAAAGACCUCCCUGUGCCUCCAAACCAUUGUCAAAGAGUUUUAACUUUACACCAAAGCCAAAGGAAACGUGUAUUUACCUUAUAAUUUAGUAACCAUACCUAAAUCUUUGAUUUCCAGGCAAUACUCAGGGUCUCUUCACUGGUACCUCUGGAAUCCAGAAAGCUGCCUUGGAUAGAGCAAGGCUUUUUCCUGAAACUGGGACACCAAUAGAUUUUAAAAGCACAGUCAAAUUGCUGUUGCCAUUCACACAUUGAAAACUUGCAAUUUGGAUUUAUAACCAAACUAGAGCUUGUUUCUCAUUGUAAGCCUGGAAAUAAGGAAUGCUGGAACUGGGCACUGCCACAAGCAGUUUUGUGGGAGAUCUGAGACAUUCAGCUUGAAUUUUGGCAUUUUAAUGUCAUUUAGAGCUGUCAUGAGAGAUGGGUGGGCUUGGAAGUGGUGGAAUGGGAGGAAGGAUUCCCCUUCCCGGUGUCCUGUUCUGAUAUUUCUUUGGCCACAGCAAACUGACAGCACAACCCUGAAGACCAGAGAGUUGUCCUGGCAGAAUCCAGAAUCCAAAUCCAUGAGUUGCUCAUUUCACCCAGGCCUGGCUGGGUUUCAUCAGUGUAAAUCUAAAACAUCCCAUUGGCUGCUCUGCUGAAGAAAAUGGGUACAUUUUUAUAUUGUCUCAGCUCAGUGAAGUUGCUUAACACGGUCUGAGGAACAUUGUCAAGAUGCAGAUGUUAAUAGGGAAAAAAAUUUCCUUAAGCUGCCUUUAUUGUGCAGUGGAGGAAGCUCCAUCUGCAGCGCCCAGACCACAUGGAUGGUUUGGUUGCAGCUGAACUCUGGUUUUUUAAGAUCUCUUGGUUUCCAAAGCACCUUUUUUUCCCCUGCCUUUAGGACAUGCUCAUUCACUGC